AUGGGUUCUCCAUUAUUCAUACUAAUCUCAUACACAAUUGCAAUAUUUAUACUAUUAACCCUUCAUCACUACGCCGGCGCCGGAGCUAUGGAGUUGAAAGUCGGCGACUCACAAGGCUGGAUUCAGCCACCACAAAAUCAAACCACCAUUUACAAUCAAUGGGCUUCAAGAAACAGAUUCCAUGUCGGCGAUUCUCUAUGGUUCCAGUAUAACAACGAUUCAGUUCUAGUCGUUGACAAAUUCGAUUAUUACCAUUGUAAUUCCGCUACUCCGACCGCCGCUUAUGGCGAUGGAAACACCACCGUUCGUCUUGAUAAACCGGGUCCUGCUUAUUUUAUUAGUGGGAAUAUAAGUCAUUGCAUGAAUGGUCAGAGGAUUGUGGUUCAGGUUAUGGCUAUUCGUCCUGACUUUUAUUCUCACCCGCCGGAAUCUUAUGGAGUUGCCGUCGCUCCGUCGCCGUCGAUGUCUGGUUCUCCGGCAGUGGAUCUUGGGAGUUUGGUUUUGGCUUCUAUAGUAGUGGCUAUUAGUGUUGCUCUAGCUUAA